AUUCCCGACACAAAGACAAAGAGCAUACCUAAUUCCCACCACAAAGAUGGCCGAUAAUGCCGCAUCCGAUGCCGCCGGUGACCGGACGGUGAUCUGCAUCGGGGACAUCCACGGCUACAUCUCCAAGCUGCGCGCCGUGUGGUCCAACCUCGAGGCCCUGGUCUCCCCGGACUCCUUCUCCACUUCCCUCGUCAUCUUCCUCGGCGACUACUGCGACCGCGGCCCCCACACCCGCGAGGUCAUCGACUUCCUCCUAUCGCUCCCCUCCCGCUACCCCCUUCAGCGCCACGUCUUCCUCUGCGGCAACCACGACUUCGCCUUCGCCGCCUUCGUCGACGCCCUCCCGCCCCCUCCCGAUGGCUCCCCCUUUUCCGCCACCUGGGAGGAGUUCGCGCAGAGCGAGGAGCGGGAGCGGUGGUUCAAGGGGGAGGGAUACGAGGCGAUGCACGUGCAAGGCAGGCGGUGGGGCGGCGACAUGGGUGGCCGGUUUAACCCUAAGAAAGGCUUGGCGUUCAAGGGCUCCAUCUACGACGCUGGGCCGACCUUUGAAUCCUAUGGAGUAGCUCACGGAUCGGCAGACUUGAUUAAGGCAGUCCCUGACGCUCACAAAAAGUUCCUUUCAGAAUUGGUGUGGGUUCACGAGGAGGAUGAUGUUCCAAUGGACAGUCCCGAAGGGAGGAUUUCCUGCAAAUUGAUAGCAGUUCAUGCUGGAUUACUGAAAACAAAACCUGUGGAGGAGCAGCUAAAACUUUUGAGAGCAAGGGACACAAGGAUACCAAAGGUGUUACAACUUAGUGGGAGGCAUGAUGUGUGGGAAAUACCAGAGGAGAUAUCUGAGAAGUCAAUUCUAGUGGUGAGUGGCCAUCACGCAAAAAUCCACAUCGAAGGCACUCGAUUCAUCGUUGACGAAUGUGGAGGGCUGGAGCAGUUUCCUGUGGCUGCUAUAAUAUUCCCUUCAAAGACGAUCGUCCGCGACACCGAUAACCUUGUCUCCAAAGUGAAGCAUACAAGUUUGGGCGCGAGUUCAAAUUUCGCUGAUAUGUAGAACUGUCAAGUUCUAUCGAAUAACUACAAUUUUGAUAAGAAAAACUCACAUAUAUGGUUUUGUAAUCUCCCUCGUUCUCCCUAUAUAUUUAAAUAUUCUAAACCUUUCAGAAUUA